GCAGUGAACGGCUUUUCCGAUGAAAACAUUGAACUUCGCCGAGUACAAGCGACGAAUCACAAACUGCAUGCCUGCAAUACUGGGAGUUGGUUGUUUUCUUCAAAAAGACAGCUUAAGGACAAAUGUGGACGGCUAAUGAGAUGCAGACAGAUACAUGGACAGUAUAUAAAAGGAACCAGCCGUCUGACCGGUCCAGCAUUAUUCCUCCGACCGCGGUCCAAGGCCUUCUGAAUCCUAAACGUGUAUUUGCCUCAGAACACAAGACCGGAAGAUGGCGCUGCAACACAGGACAUCGCUGUGCCUAACUUUAGCACUCUUCUGCAUUGUUGUGCGCGCUAGGCCGACGGAGGUUGGCGUCAAAGGUGUGAAAGGCGUAAAAGGUUUUCUCCACGCGCCAAGAUUUAUUGACGGAGAGUACAAGUUUAGCCACAACUCUGACGGCAGUUCGUCGUUUGGAGCAUCGCACUCCUCGUCAUAUUCUUCCUCCAGCUCCAGCACUUUCAACGGUGGCCCCGGGUCUUCUAUUCAGCCCGUAAGUUACUCCAGCUCAGCCAGCCAAUCCAAAUCCUCGUCUCAGUCUGGUUCGUCAUCUUUCUCUUCAAAUGAAUCUGGUUCCAUCAGUUUUGGAGGCGCCGGUGGAUCGUCGUCUGAUGCUGCGUCAUCCUCAGGCUCCUCGGGGUCAUCUGGAGCAUUUGAUGGAGCUCACGGAGUCGGAGGAAGUGACGGAGCUCACACAGUCAUUGGCGGAACUGGAGUCCAUGCAAGCGACGCAGGAUUAGGAGGUACUGCCGGAGAAGGAAGUCACGGAAUCGGAGCAAACAUAGGACCUGGUGGCACAGCUGCUCAAGGAUCCGAUGCAAAGAAUACCCUUGACAGCGUCAGUAAAACUAGAGCUCACGGAGUAGCUGGAAGCAUAGGACUUGGUGGAGUAAGUGGAACUAAAGGUCACGGAGUAGCUGGAAGCACGGGACUUGGCGGAGAAAUUAAAACUGGAAAUCACGGAGUAGGCGAAACCACAGGACUUGGCGGAGUAAGUGGAACUGAAGCACACGGAGUAGCUGGAAGCACAGGACUUGGCGGAGAAAUUAAAACUGGAGCUCACGGAGUAGGCGGAACCACAGGACUUGGCGGAGUAAGUGGAACUGAAGUUCACGGACUAGGAGAAAUCACAGGACUUGGCGGAAUAAGUGGAACUGAAGCUCACGGAGUAUCUGCAAGCACAGGACUUGGCGGAGAAAUUAAAACUGGAGCUCACGGAGUAGGCGGAACCACAGGACUUGGCGGAGUAAGUGGAACUGAAGCUCACGGAGUAUCUGGAAGCACAGGACUUGGCGGAGAAAUUAAAACUGGAGCUCACGGAGUAGCUGGAAGCACGGGACUUGGCGGAGAAAUUAAAACUGGAGCUCACGGAAUAGGCGGAACCACAGGACUUGGCGGAAUAACUGGAACUGAAGCUCACGGAGAAUCUGGAAGCACAGGACUUGGCAGAAUAAGUGGAACUGAAGCUCACGGAAUAGCUGGAAGCACAGAACUUGGCGGUGAAAUUAAAACUGGAGUUCACGAAGUAGGCGGAACUACAGGACUUGGCGGGAUAAGUGGAACUGAAGCUCACGGAGUUGCUGGAAGCACAGGAAUUGGCGGAGAAAUUAAAACUGGAGCUCACGAAGUAGGCGGAACCACAGGACUUGGCGGUAUAAGUGGAACUGAAGCUCACGGAGUAGCUGGAAGCACAGGACUUGGCGGAGAAAUUAAAACUGGAGUUCACGAAGUAGGCGGAACUACAGGACUUGGCGGGAUAAGUGGAACUGAAGCUCACGGAGUUGCUGGAAGCACAGGAAUUGGCGGAGAAAUUAAAACUGGAGCUCACGGAGUAGGCGAAACCACAGGACUUGGCGGAAUAAGUGGAACUGAAGCUAACGGAGUAUCUGGAAGCACAGGACUUGGCGGAGAAAUUAAAACUGGAGCUCACGGAGUAGAUGGAAACACAGGACUUGGCGGAAUAAGUGGAACUGAAGCUCACGGAGUAGAUGGAAACACAGGACUUGGCGGAAUAAGUGGAACUGAAGCUCACGGAGUAGUUGGAAGCACAGGACUUGGCGGAGAAAUUAAAACUGGCGCUCACAGUGUAGGCGGAACCACAGGACUUGGCGGAAUAAGUGAAACCGAAGCUCACAGAUUAGCCGGAAGCACAGAACUUGGCGGGGAAAUUAAAACUGGAGCUCACGGAGUAGGCGGAACUACAGGACUUGGCGGAAUAAAUAUAAAUGAAGCUCACGGAGUAGCUGGAAGCACGGGACUUGGCGGAGUAAGUGGAACUGAAGCACACGGAGUAGGUGAAAAUACAAAACUUGGUAACAUAAUUAAAACCCAUUCUCAUGGUGUUGUUCGUGGUGGUGCACACGGCAAGUCUGGAUAUCAUGGACCUGGCGAUGUAAGCAGUAUUGGAGACCACGAAGUGAGCGCAAGUCACGGAACGGACAGUGUCAUAGUAUCUGGAACCCACGGGAUUGCUGGAAAUACUGGAUUCGGUACCGUAAGCGGCAGUGGGUCAGAUGGAGCUGAUGGUGUUGUUGGUUCUGCAUCACAUGUAGUAGGUGGUGAUUUUGGCAGUGCUGGAUCACACGGAUCUGGUGGCAGCGGAGUUAAAACUUACGGUGGAGCCGAAGGUCACGGAUUCAGCGACGGUGCGGAGUAUGGCAAGAGCGGAGGAUCCGAAGGAACGGUAGGAAGCGACAGUGGACACAAAGUUAUCGUCACUGGAACUGGCCACUCCACUGUCGGUGGAGCUCAAGAUGGACUCGGUGGGAUUUUUAAAAAGUCUGAGAUAAAUGGCGUCGGAGUUUCAGACAACUCAGCUCACGGAGAUGAUGCUGUUGGCAAUACUGGUACCUCUUCCACGAGCUCAUCUGAAGCUCACUCUGGAAGUUCUUCAGGCUCUGCUGUUGAUGAUGCUAGAAGCGCUGUUGGAUCAGAGUCGCAGUCGUGUUCCUCGUCCCUCAGUUCCUCUGUCAGUGGAUCAAGUCACGCCGCUGAAGGGGUUAAGGGUGGGAAGAGGCGUCCUGCUGGGGUGAAGGGCGGGCUGCCAAAUUAUGGUUGAACAUUUAUCAUCGAUCUCCAUUCCAUUAAUUUUCCUAAAAUUUAGGUAGACAUUUUAAUCAUUUACUCGCGCUGUUAGUACUGUGUUACGUACCGCAUGUCAUAUGUCUUCAGCGCUGUAUAAAUGUGGCGCCUUGUGAUAUUAAUUACAAUGUAUUUGUAAAAUUGUGUCUUCCACGUCUGUUUACCUGAUUCUACUUUGAGGCACGAUAGCUUAGUCACUAAAGAAACUGUGCUACGUGAUCGGAUAUCGAUCUAUUCUCUCCAGUGGCUGCAAAUUCUUUAUCUAUCACGACGACAAAACUGGCUCUGGGGCCCACUGAGAGGCCUGUCCUCUUGUCCUGGCGACGUGUACCUGAAAAUGCCUAUCUGCUGUGUUAUCGGUUCGUGAAGUCGUAACGACGUUUCAGAAGUGCGUCUUUCCGCCGUCACCAGAGCCAUGUUAUGAACUGUUCAAGACUAUAAUUUUCCAUAGGGUCUGGAGGUCAAUCAGAAGAAAGAAACUUUUCCUUUGUGUUCUCAACUGUUCAGUAGAGUGAAUAAUGACAUACAGAUAGAAAAUGACUUAAAAGGACGAUGUCUUGGCGCACAUUCCCUCGCCUUUUAUGAUAGAUUAAUGACGAGUCCUCCUGGGUAGAAGCAGGCGUGCUCACCACUGGAGCACUAAGUCGUGAGAACUUUGUUGAUUUGUCGAUGUCCUGCCUGAGAUCCGAAUCAAGUACUUCCGAAAUCCAACUGAGCUGUUUUCUGUCAUUGAGCUGGCGUCUGAGAUACACAGGGUCUCGUCGAGGAAACUGUUCUCUUGCGUCUUAUUAAGAUCGAUACUUCACACAGUGUACAGACGAUAGACUUGUAAAAGACGCGUCGUUUGUUUAUGAGCGAGUAACUUCCGCUGCAAGCAAGCGUCGCUGUAAUGAGCUUCACUACUUCAUGUAGUGUUACUUGACUUGAGUACCUGUAGUAAAUAUGACCAUGUAAUGCUUCUCUGUUUUCCUCUCCAUCAUAUUAAAAUGGUUUUAAUACAAACGCUAUGUAAGUGUC